GAUGAGCAACAUCGAAACCAACCCCAAGCUUAAGGCUGACAAAUGCCUUCAACGCAAGGUUGUCGAAGAGCGAAAGAAGAUUAUCGAAAACCUGUAUCAUCGAUAUGCGGUGACACACAUCCAGCCGACACAAUGGAUGUGCCUGGCUGGAACUGAGGAGAUAUUAAACCUCGAGUUCUUCAGGGCCUUCAUUCAGAAUCAGUCCACGGAUGUUGGGCUCCCUGAUGAGGACGAAGGUCUGGCUGAGAUUCGCUGCUUUGUCGAAUCAUCUAUGGAGACUCGUAAACGCGUUUUCGCCUUGGGAGUUCGUGCUACGACCAGCAUGUCCACAGGCGGCCUCGAGGGAGUCGACCUGUCCGUCCUAGAACUUGCCACCUCCGUCUUCACCUGCUCCACCUGCCGUGAUCGUCGACACAAAACGGACAUUACAGUGAAAGCCGGUUGGGAAGAGGUGGGCCGACUUGAAAGCUGCCAGGCAUGCCUUAACAAGAAGCUUGUGAGGGAGAACUCUAACCAACAGUUCGACGGAGAGGGUUCUAAUGUUGUAGUCUCUAUCUUGGAUCUUCUUGGACUGAGUCCUUCGGCGACAACUGUCGAACAACUAGAUAAACUUGAUCCAAGAUUUGUUUGCGCAGUGUGCAAGCCGCAAGAAAUCGCGGAUCGGGAAUCGCGGGUGCAGCCAGCGAUGCGGAACAAAAAUGUCCUCAGUCUGCGUAGGUCGCUGCCUACCAUGAGCUGGUCGCCCAAGAACCUUUACAACCUCUGGAGACGAACCGUUGGCCCCAAGUCCUCCGAAAUGACCUUCAAGCUCACAACGGAAGAGACCCUGUUCCAACAGCGGUGGAAAUCCAAGGCUGCAGUACGCGCGUACCACGGUGACUUCAUCCCAGAGAAGUCGUUCAAGCGGUGGUACCUCCCCGACACACUGCCAGAUGUCCGUCCGCGUCGUCAAGUCGUGUCUGGUGAUGCGCUCUCCUUGGAGGAGUUCGCAAAGCGGAACGUUCGGGAGAAAGAGCUCGAGCAGGAGAUUGAGGAGAAGGGGCUGGCACCGGUCGGCAGUUUGAUGUUUACGGAGGUCGAGAGACGGAUGGACGUCUUCGUGUUCAGGUGUUGUUUUGUGCAUAGCGUGUAUGAGGCGAGGAGGUUGAUUAUCCAUGGGUACGUGAAGCUGAAUGGGAAGAAGCACACGAGGGCGAACACUCGUCUGGCACCUGGGGAUAUGGUCUCCGUUGAUCCAGCUGCAAUUCGGUUCUUCAAGACACCGCAUGGCGACUUUGACGAUGUGAAUAACUUGGGCAUUCACAAGAAGCCUUCCGAGGUGGCUGCAGAGGCAGAGGCAGAGGAGUCAUCCAGUGAAGGGCCCAAACCUCCCGACGCUGAAACUUCGGCUGAAGGCAGAUCAGACGCUACACAUGCGGCGCUGCUUUCGACAAAACCAUCGACAGAAUUGACGCCAUUCUACCUACCACCAUACGCCUCACCGUGGCUCUUCAUCCCCGCCUAUAUCGAGGUCUCCUUUAAGACCUGUUCUGCCGUCUACGUUCGUCAUCCGACAGCCCGACCUGGAUACUCCGAGAUCCCAACUCCGUACGACGCGGACGGCGCGCUCAUCCGGUAUGCUUGGGAGUGGUACGUGCAGAGACGUCCACGAAUGCGCUCUGCGAGCAAGCUGGCGAGGGCACCGGAAGAUAGAGUGGUCAACCUCUUGAAGAGCUUGCACAAAGACCGGAGGAUGCUGUGGGCUGGGUGGGCUUUAAAUACGAGACGGAAGAACAAGGAGCAGCCCCCGCACAUGCCUCAAGCUCCGCAAGCCUCUGACACCUCUCCAGCGGCGGCAACCGCUGCUUG